AUGGGGCGCACAAACCCCAACAUUGUAAUAACGGGUACACCAGGCGUAGGCAAGACGACGCACGCAGAGCAACUAGCGCAGGCAACGGGGUUGAAGCACCUGUCCGUGAAUCAGAUUGUCAAGGACGAGGGGUUCCACGAGGGCAAAGAUGAGGAGACGGGAAGUUGGAUUGUAGAUGAAGACAAGCUCCUCGACUACCUCGAAUCGCUGCCCCUGCACUCGACCGGCGGCUACAUCCUCGACUGGCACGCCUGCGACCUCUUCCCCGAGCGCUGGAUCGAUCUUGUCGUCGUGCUGCGGUGCGACUCGUCCAUCCUGUACGACCGCCUCACUGCGCGCGGCUACACGGGCAAGAAGCUCGAGGAGAAUAUGGAUAGUGAGAUUAUGCAGGUUUUGCUCGAGGAGGCCCGCGACGCGUAUAGAGAGGAGAUUGUGGUCGAGUUGAGGAGUGAGAGUGCCAAGGAUGUAGAGGCGAAUUUGGAGAGGUGUGAGGGGUGGGUGGAGCAGUGGAGGAGGGAUAAUGUGGGGAAGGAGGAGGCGGAGGAGAAGGAGUAG